AUGAGUAAAUUGAAAGGAAGAAGAGCCCAAACAGAUCGAUCAAAAGUACCUUAUGCCAAACCAACCAAGGAUGCCGCAACAAAGAAACCGACAAAGUCCAUGACAAAAUCUUCAAAGUUCAAAGACGAAUCCUUGACUGAUCAACUCGAUGGUCUUAUGGGUGAUCUCUCUUCUCAUUUGACAAAGAAGAAGAAGAAAAAUGAAAAGGCACCACAAAAAACAAAGGCCGAGGUAGAAGCUGCACAGGCUGUUUAUGAAAAGACACAAAAUGACAUGGAAGCUGCUCUUGGUUUACUGACUCGCCUAUAA